ACCACUAUACUUAAAUGGGAUAGCGAUAAUUAAAGGCUAAGUCGGCUAAGGCUCCCAGCGCUCAACUCACAUUUGCUACCAAGUACCGUGGAAUUCCCCUCAUAUCCCGGCGGCUACCCCCUCCCCUGCUCACACGCAUAUCCCACUUUGUUUAGCUUAAGGCGCUACCUUGUUCCUGCUCACUGCCACCUAUGGUCCCCGGCCCAAUGAGUGACCAGGGCUGAGUUCGCUGUGCCUCUCAUUCUGUUUAGACUUAUAGGUACUGGCUGGCAUAAAAAAGAAGUCAUCGAUCUUCUACUUGCUAGCAAGCCUUCUAUCUUUGAUUCGACAUUGUCAGGCAGAUCGAUACGAUUGUAACUAUAUAAUUACGCCUCACCGAAUAACUUUUAAAUGGUUGACAUAUAUUCUGGUAAGACCCCGUCUCUCCUGUGUAGAUCUCGUCUAUCCUCUUUCCAUUUAUUAAGCAUUUUUACCAGCUCCUAUUCCUUCUCCUACAUUCUUCGAAGACUCUCUUCCUGUUGAAUCCCCAACUAUUUUCAAGAAGCCUCUUCUGCCGCGUCUCAAGAUGACUACCAUGGGGGAACCUGCCUUUGGUGGCAGCCAUAAUGUCUCUCAUAGUGCUGGUCAUUCGAGCAAUAGAGCUUCAGAUAUUCCUUGGACACCUUACAGUGCUGUACGUUUAUCUUCAUUAUGGCAUGGGCGGCAGCCUCUAAUCUGAGUUGUAGGUUUCAUCAUUUAAUCUUCCGGCUCAUUACGGUUCAUCUUUAAUCACACCUAUCACAAUGGCACCAUCGCCAGAUAUCUCUUCAAGGCCAUCACCCACAGUCAGAGAGAGAAAUAUCAAAUUAUCGCCAUCCAUGGAAUCCCCAGGUUAUCCACUUUUUGGCGGGGACGAGGACGACUUUGGAUCAAGAUUUGAUACCGCACCUAUGAAGCAAAAACAGCCAAGUUCCAAUAAUUCAAAGAUUCCCACCAGCGAGUCCAAUUAUCCCAUUCCUCCUGGCCUUCUCCAUCUUAACCCACAUUUCGGUGCAUAUGGAGUUUCUGCUACCCCAAAAUCUGGACGAUCAGCCGAGUUGAAAUCUCCUGAUAUGAACACCAGCCCUCGAAAUACAUCUUCAAGUGCUAUGAGUGCUGAUCUACAAAAAUCACGCCAUGCCACACCAGAUCAAAGCCCAGGGAGCUACAAAGUCAAUAACUCCGCGCCAAUAUUGAUUGCUCCCAACCCAAACACAAUGCGGCCUGCAACCAGACCUGGAGAGAUGCCAUACAGGGACGGUUUACCAUAUGGUCGUCAUGAUUCGAUGAAUUCUAUGCAUUCCAUUUCCACGUCAAUGAAUUCCUAUCAUUCGACAUCACAUCACCAGCUCGAGCAACAAGUUGCCCCGCUUCCUACUCGAAGGAAGAGGAAGAGUUCUCCCACACAACUUGAUGAGGAAAUCAUUUAUUCGGUGCCGAUUAACCACGAGGAACAAGUUCUCAUGCAACUCUCAGAUGUCGAUGGUCUUCCUUGGAAAGAAAUUGCUAAAGAGUUCAAUGCGAGGACGGGCAAAAGCAUGAAAGUGCCCGCUCUGCAAAUGCGCAAGAAGAGACUCUGUGAACGUCUCCGUAUUUGGACCAAUUGCGAGGUACAUCCCUAGCUCAUUAUGUAUUUUGACCAGAUCUGUUAUUAAUCCAGACGACAAAGAAGCUAACAAGAGGUUAGGAGCGAGCUUUGACACUUGCUUGGGAAGACUACGAUAGAGCGAAAUGGGAAGAAAUCGCAAAAGGCAUGAUGAGGCACGGAGUCCAAGAGAAAUGGAGCAAGGAAGCCGUACAAAGGAAGUUCAACGAAAUGUUCCCUCCCGACGAAAGAUCAUGCGCACCAUCAGACUAUGCACUAUGCAGGCAUGCCGAAGACAUGCACUAUGAAGUGAAGAUGGAACCACGAACUCCAUGGCCAAAUCAUGAUGAGGGAGGUAGUGAAAUUCACAGUCUUACGGAUGAAGAGCAAACAUUAGUAGAUGAGUUGAGGAGUAGAACUGCAAGUGAUGCCAGUUCCCUCCAUUUUCAACAACAUCAACACCAAGAGAUCAUGUAUGCACAACAACAUCAGCAGAAUCAUCAAGAGGUGUGGGCGGGAAACUAAGUAGGUGCUCAGGUAAAGAAUUUAAGGAUGGCAGAUUUUAGUGUCUUUUACAUUUUUCUACAGUUACUUGCAAAUGAAGUUCUUGUUUCUGAGAGGUUUGGGUAUAUAUAUGCGUGUGUGUGUAUGGCAAUCUUCUAUAGAACCAUUUAGCAGCAGUUACAUUGUGUAGAAGGAAGUAAAAUUGAGUUUACAGGCAGGCCGUCAAUAGAGACGAGUCUCGGGCAGCAAACACUGACAUUAUCGUCAUGAGGGUUUUCCUUUCUUAUAGUAACCUAUAUAUAUUCAUUGUAUAAAUUUCAACAUAGUUUCAAAUAAGCAGCUCAAUCGUUCAUUGGCAACAUAUAUAUAUCUAGCUAUCACUUUUUAACCAACACAGAAUUUGAGUAGUUACAAGUUCAUCAACAACGCUUGAAUAAUUUCCAUUUCCAUAACACAAUUUACAACAGACAAGACCUGUGAAGUAAAAAACCCCACGAAAGAUAGAUUUCCACACACUGGAAAACAUUACAGUCAAGUGACAUUUCCCUCAUGCGGGCAAGGAUGCACGAGCAAGCACCAAAUAAAUUCCGUGGACCUUCCUUGUAAGGCUAGAAACCAACCGUUUCCCGAUAAUGCGAGUCAUACGUACCCGAGUCAUACUAGCUAGCUACCAUUUCUAAGCCGUAAUUAACGCUGACAUUCAUUUUCUACCCGCUUUUUCCGGGACGACUUGACUUCGCUUGCUACCCGAUGCUCUGUUUGUUUUGAAAAGACACUAGCUAUAGAUAUAG